CUUCAUGCUUUAGUGUGUGGGUUGAAGCCAUAACCAGGCUAAUGUCCCCGUCUAUAGAUUCAUGCUAACACAAUGGAGUCUGUGAGUGUAAACAUUUAAAGCUAUUGCACACUUUUCUGGGUCUAAAGUGGUAAAUCAUGGCGGUUCCCAUGGAAACUCAGCUCCAGAGUAUAUUCGAGGAUGUAGUGAAGACGGAGGUCAUCGAGGAGGCGUUUGCUGGGAUGUUCAUGGACACUCCGGAAGAUGAGCGAACCAAACUGAUCAGCUGUUUAGGAGCUUUCCGGCAGUACUGGGGCUCCCUCCCUCAGGACUCCCAUGAGCAGUGUGUGCAGUGGAUCGUACGCUUCAUACACAGCCAGCACAGCCCCAAACGCAUCUCCUUCCUCUAUGACUGCUUAGCCAUGGCGGUGGAGACCAGCCUGCUGACUCCCAAGAUGGUGUGUCAGGCUCUGAUUGGCUCUGAAACUCUGGAGUGGGAGCGCACUCAGCUCUGGUGUCUGACCUUCAAACUCAUCCGGAAGAUAAUCGGCGGUGUGGAUUAUAAGGGUGUGAGGGACUUGCUGAAGGCUGUGCUGGAUAAAAUACAGACCAUCCCGAUCCUGGUGAGCUCUGCAGUGGUGCAGCAGCUCCUCCCUGCACGAGAGGUGGUGGAGUACAUCCUGGACAGGAACGCGUGUCUCCUGCCUGCUUAUUUUGCCGUGACUGAGAUCCGGAAGCUUUAUCCAGAGGGACAGAUCUCACACUGGCUUUUAGGAAGCCUGAUAUCAGACUUUGUAGACAGCUUUCGUCCCACCGCAAGGAUCAACUCCAUUUGUGGUCGCUGUAGUCUCCUUCCUGUGGUGAAUAACUCAGGAGCGAUUUGUAACUCGUGGAAACUCGACCCUGCCACACUGCGCUUCCCUCUGAGGGGCAUGCUGCCCUACGAUAAGGACCUGUUCGAACCACAGACGGGUUUGCUGAGGUACGUGUUGGAGCAGCCGUACUCCAGAGACAUGGUGUGCAACAUGCUCGGCCUUAACAAACAGACCCUGAACAUUGCUCAGCACAAGCAGCGAUGCCCCGUGCUGGAGGAGCAGCUCGUCGACCUGGUGGUGUAUGCCAUGGAGCGCUCGGAGACGGAGGAGCAGUUCGACGACGGCGGCACCAGCCAGCUGCUGUGGCAACAUCUGUCCAGUCAGCUUAUCUUCUUCGUUCUGUUCCAGUUCGCCAGCUUCCCUCACAUGGUGCUGUCACUGCAUCAGAAGCUGGCUGGUCGUGGUCUGAUUAAAGGUAGAGAUCACCUGAUGUGGGUUCUGCUGCAGUUUAUUUCCGGCAGCAUCCAGAAGAACGCUCUGGCCGACUUCCUCCCGGUCAUGAAGCUGUUCGAUCUGCUUUACCCUGAGAAAGAGUGUAUUCCAGUACCAGACAUCAACAAGCCUCAGUCCACACACGCCUUCGCCAUGACCUGCAUCUGGAUCCAUCUGAACCGCAAAGCUCAGAACGACAACUCCAAACUGCAGAUCCCCAUCCCACACUCUCUGAAACAGCACCACGAGUUUCUGCAGCAGAGUCUGCGCAAUAAGAGCCUUCCCAUGACCGACUACAAGAUCGCUCUGCUGUGUAACGCUUACUCCACCAACUCUGAGUGCUUCACACUGCCCAUGGGGGUCCUGGUGGAGACCAUCUAUGGGAACGGUACGGUGCGCAUCACACUGCCAGGGACCAACUGCAUGGCCUCGUGUUCCACCACACCACUGCCCAUGAACCUGCUCGACUCACUCACCGUCCACGCCAAGAUGAGUCUGAUCCACAGUAUAGCCACACGGGUCAUCAAACUGGCCCACGCCAAGUCCAGCAUCGCUCUAGCGCCGGCGCUGGUGGAGACGUACAGCCGCCUGCUGGUCUACAUGGAGAUCGAGUCGCUCGGCAUCAAAGGCUUCAUAAGUCAGCUCCUGCCAAACGUGUUCAAGUCCCAUGCAUGGGGGAUUCUGCACACGCUGCUGGAGAUGUUCAGUUACAGGAUGCACCACAUCCAGCCUCACUAUCGCGUUCAGCUGCUCUCGCACCUCCACUCGCUCGCCGCUGUCCCACAGACCAACCAGAACCAGCUGCACCUCUGUGUGGAAAGUACAGCUCUGAGGUUAAUCACAGCGUUGGGGAGCUCCGAGGUGCAGCCACAGUUCACACGGUUCCUCAGCGACCCUAAGACCGUACUAUCAGCCGAGUCGGAGGAGCUGAACCGAGCUCUCAUCCUCACCCUCGCCCGGGCCACACACAUCACCGAUUUUUUCACGGGUUCUGACUCCAUCCAGGGAACGUGGUGUAAAGACAUUCUACAGACCAUCAUGAACUUCACACCUCACAACUGGGCCUCACACACACUGAGCUGCUUCCCCGCCCCUCUGCAGGCGUUCUUCAAGCAGAACAACGUUCCUCAAGAGAGCCGCUUCAACCUGAAGAAGAACGUAGAGGAGGAGUACCGCAAGUGGAAGUCCAUGACCAACGAGAACGACAUCAUCACUCACUUCUCCAUGCAGGGAUCUCCGCCACUCUUCCUCUGCCUGCUCUGGAAGAUGCUUCUAGAAACCGAUCACAUCAACCAGAUCGGCUUCAGGGUUCUGGAGAGAAUCGGGGCCCGCGCUCUCGUUGCACACGUCCGAACGUUUGCCGAUUUCCUGGUGUACGAGUUUUCCACAUCUGCGGGCGGUCAACAGCUGAACAAGUGCAUUGAGAUUCUGAAUGACAUGGUGUGGAAGUACAACAUCGUCACUUUGGAUCGUCUGAUCCUCUGCCUGGCAAUGAGAAGUCAUGAAGGCAACGAGGCUCAAGUGUGCUACUUCAUCAUCCAGCUCCUCCUUCUUAAACCCAAUGACUUUCGCAACCGUGUCAGUGACUUUGUCAAAGAGAACGCUCCGGAACACUGGCUACAGAGUGACUGGCACACCAAGCACAUGUCCUACCACAAGAAGUACCCAGAGAAACUGUACUUUGAAGGGCUGGCAGAGCAGGUGAACCCACCCAUGCAGCUCCAGCCACAGUACCUGCCCAUCUACUUUGGGAAUGUAUGUUUACGCUUCCUGCCCGUCUUUGACAUCGUCAUCCACCGCUUCCUGGAGCUGCUGCCAGUCUCCAAGUCCUUGGAAACACUUUUGGACCACUUAGGGGGAUUGUACAAGUUCCAUGAUCGGCCAGUGACGUACCUCUACAACACCUUGCACUACUACGAGAGGCACCUCCGUGACCGCACCAAUCUUAAACGCAAGCUUGUCCAUGCCAUCAUGAGCUCUCUGAAGGAUAACCGCACACCCGGGUGGUGCCUCAGCGAGACCUACCUCAAGUUUGGCAUGAACCCCCGUGAGGACAACAUCUGGGUCCCUGACGACACCUACUACUGCAAACUCAUCGGACGUCUCGUAGAUACAAUGGCAGGAAAAUCUCCAGGCCCUUUCCCAAACUGUGACUGGCGGUUCAACGAAUUCCCAAACCCAGCAGCACACGCGCUUCACGUCACCUGUGUGGAGCUGAUGGCCCUCGCCGUGCCAGGAAAGGAUGUGGGAAACGCACUGCUGAAUGUAGUGCUCAAGAGUCAGCCACUUGUUCCCCGGGAGAACGUGACCGCUUGGAUGAACGCGAUCGGCCUGAUCAUCACCGCUCUACCUGAGCCGUACUGGAUCGUUCUACACGACCGCAUCGUUAGCGUGAUUAGCAGCCCUGUGCUAACCUCGGACACAGAUUGGGUUGGUUAUCCAUUCCAGCUGCUGGAUUUCACGGCCUGCCACCAGUCGUACUCUGAGAUGUACUGCAGCUACGUGCUAGCGUUAGCACACGCCGUGUGGCACCACUCCAGCAUCGGACAGCUUUCUCUCAUUCCCAAGUUUCUCUCGGAGGUCCUGAAGCCGCUGGUGAAAACAGAAUUCCAGCUGCUCUAUAUCUAUCACCUGGUUGGUCCGUUCCUACAGCGCUUCCAGCAGGAGAGGACACGCUGCAUGCUCGAGAUUGGGGUAGCGUUCUAUGAGAUGCUGCAGGCUGUGGAUCACCACAGCAAGCAUCUGGCCUAUAUGGACCCCAUCUGUGACUUCCUGUACCACAUCAAGUACAUGUUCACAGGAGACAGUGUCAAAGACCAGGUGGAGAAGAUCAUCUGCACGUUGAGGCCAGCCAUGAAGCUCCGCCUCCGUUUCAUCACCCACAUCAGCAAGUUGGAGCCCGCCACAGCCGUCGUCACGGCGACGUCCGCCUCUCAGCCCACCACAGUGUCUUCUCCCACUCCUCAACCUGGAACUGGACCUUCUAGUAUCCCUCUCUCUGUUUCCCAGUGAUCCUCCAUGCUGUAACGUUCUCCUGUAACCUUCUGCCAUCGAUUUAAUAUCCACCACAAUGACAUUUUCCAUCGCUGUUCAGUUCCCCUAACAUCUCCACGCUCACAUGCUCACUCAGCCCUGUCCUAGUCAGCAGGUAUAUAAACGGUCGAUCCAAGCAAGUUCUUUCAGCGCACUGUAAAAGAAGUUUUUCGAACAUUUAUGAUCUGAAGAAAAGGAAAAACAGUCAAAGCCGUAACCAGGCUAAAGAAUCGAGGCCGACUUCACGAGAACGAUUCACUCUAUUUAAAAGCCAGAUUGAAUCCAAGCUGUUGGCAGAAUACGAGUUUCUAAUUCGCAAGCAAAAUGGACCCUUUCUUUCACUGAAGCUUGGCAAGAACUCGUACAAUCCUUGUGGAAUUCAUGGAAUCCUCGCCAGAUUGUUUAGCUGUGUUUGAUAAUCUGUUCACUCUCUAGCUGUGAAGAUGAGUUCAUCAAAAGUGUACUUCUUCCAAAACGGUUGCUAAUAACGAUGAUGUCAGUCAGAACACAUCGUUUAGCUUAAUGCUAACAUGUUUGCAUGUCUGGGUGAACUAUUCAUCUUUAAUUAAGGAUAUAUUAGAAAGUGGUGUUAGCCAUCUACGGACAUUUCUAAAGACGAUGCUCUUUUUUUUGUGUAUGUAUUUGUUUUUUGUUUUUUUAAUAUAAAGCAUUUUUGAAAUUUCUAAGCA